GUAUUGACUUAUAUAUAAGCAAUUUCUAAAAUUCCAAGUUAUUAAAAAAACUUGACUUUUCCCAUUUGAAUAGCAUAAUUUUUCAUUAUAUAAGACAAUUUACUUGUCUCAUUAGUACUAUUAGAGAAUUAUAUAUUUACUCCUAUAUCAAUUGAUAUUAUUACCAACUACAUAACUAACCAUUUAUUGAAUCAUAGAAGAAUCCUUGUAAAAUUUUACUUCAAAUUUACAUAUCAUACUAUUGAUUCAUAUACCAAAUUCAAUCAUAUUAAAAGAGCACGUUUCAAAUUAAUUCACUAUUACCAUAUACAUACAAUAUAAUACUAUACAAUAUAAUAUAAUAUAUAAUAUAUAUAUAUAUAAACAAUGUCAGAACAAGAUUGGAAAUCAAAUUUGAACAUUCCUACUAAGGAUACUAGACCACAAACUGAAGAUGUUUUAAACACCAAGGGGAAAUCUUUUGAAGAUUUUAAUUUAAAGAGAGAAUUAUUAAUGGGAAUUUUUGAAGCAGGAUUUGAAAGACCAUCACCUAUUCAAGAAGAAUCUAUUCCUAUGGCAGUUGCUGGUAGAGAUAUUUUAGCUAGAGCUAAAAAUGGUACUGGUAAAACUGCUUCAUUUGUUAUUCCAAGUUUACAACAAAUUAAACCAAAAUUAAAUAAAAUUCAAGUAUUAAUAUUAGUGCCAACUAGAGAAUUGGCAUUACAAACUUCCCAAGUUGUCAGAACUUUAGGUAAACAUUUGGGUAUCCAAUGUAUGGUUACUACUGGUGGUACCUCAUUGAGAGAUGAUAUUGUUAGAUUAAAUGAUCCUGUUCAUGUUUUAGUAGGUACUCCUGGUAGAGUUUUAGAUUUAGCUUCAAGAAAAAUUGCUGAUUUAUCUGAAUGUCCAUUAUUUGUUAUGGAUGAAGCUGAUAAAAUGUUAUCAAGAGAAUUUAAAGGAAUUAUUGAACAAAUUUUAAGUUUCUUCCCAACUACAAGACAAUCCUUAUUAUUUUCUGCAACUUUCCCAUUAGCUGUUAAAUCAUUUAUGGAUCAACAUUUAAAUAAACCUUAUGAAAUUAAUUUAAUGGAUGAAUUAACUUUAAAAGGUAUUACUCAAUAUUAUGCAUUUGUUGAAGAAAAGCAAAAAUUACAUUGCUUAAAUACAUUAUUUAGUAAAUUACAAAUUAAUCAAUCAAUUAUCUUUUGUAAUUCAACCAAUAGAGUUGAAUUAUUAGCAAAGAAAAUUACUGAAUUAGGUUAUUCAUGUUAUUAUUCUCAUGCUAAAAUGCCUCAACAAGCAAGAAAUAAAGUUUUCCAUGAAUUUAGACAAGGUAAAGUUCGUAAUUUAGUUUGUUCAGAUUUAUUAACUAGAGGUAUUGAUAUUCAAGCUGUUAAUGUAGUUAUUAAUUUUGAUUUCCCCAAGACAGCUGAAACUUAUUUACAUAGAAUUGGUCGUUCUGGUAGAUUUGGUCAUUUAGGUUUAGCUAUUAAUUUAAUGAGUUGGAAUGAUAGAUACUCAUUAUAUAAAAUUGAACAAGAAUUAGGUACAGAAAUUAAACCAAUUCCGGGAACUAUUGAUAAAUCUUUAUAUGUUGCAGAAAAUGCUGAUGCAGUUCCAAGACCAUUUAAGAUUGAUGAAUUACCAAAAGGUAAUGAAACAGUGAAUAAAAAGACUGGUUAUGAAUAUAAAGGUCAACCUGAAGUUAAUCCAGUAGCAGCUGCUACUCAUCAUGCUCCUCAACCUCAACCUCAACCUCAAACAUAUCCUCCACAACAACAUAUUCCUCCUCACCAAUUUAAUGGAUAUCCUCCAUAUCAACAAGGAGCUCCACCCCCACAAUUUGCUGGAUAUCCACCUCAAUUCAAUGGUCAAUAUCCUCCUCCACCACAACAACAAUAUCAACAAACCCCAUCAUCUCAACCAUAUCAAUAAUGAAACAUAAUGAUUUUUUUUAAAAAUAAAAUUUAUUACAACACAUACGCACAAACAAGACCACGCUUAAAUGUUUAGAUCUACUUAAUUUUAGUUCAAAAAGAAUUCUUGUUUGAUUUCAAUAUGCUUUAGAUCUUUGUCUUUUAUUUAUAUGAUUUUUGGGGGUGCUUUAAUAUUUUGUUUCUUUCUUUCCUUCCUUCUUUGUUUCUAUUAUUGUUCUUAUAAUUUUGAAAGAAGAUUUAAUUCUUUCCCUUUAAUGAGUGAAUGCUUUCUUUUCUUAAGUUGUUAUCAUUAUACA